UUGGUAAUGAUGUAGGAAAACAGCAAUCAAGUCUACGAAAAAAAAUUGCAAAACAUAAAUCUUCACAAACUCAUUUAAAUGCUGAACGUACUUAUGAAAAACAGUUAAUGGAAAUUAUGCCAGCCCAAGUAUUGAAAACUACUAACAUAGACAUUGAAAGUACAAAAAGAAUUUUUAGAACUGCGUAUUCCAUCGCGAAGAAUCAAAGGCCGUAUGUUGACAUGCCAAAACUAGUGGACCUUCAAAUAAUGAAUGGUCUAUCUAUGGGGAGAGUUCUUCAAACCAAUAAGUCAUGUAAAAAUAAAAGAAAGAUUUGUAUAAUUGUUGAUGAAUCUACAACAUUGAGUCAGAAAACUAUGCUAGUUAUCUGUUUGAGAGCUGCUGUAGUAAAUAAUAAUGAAGUUAUUACAUUUUUCUUUAACAUCAUUGAAGUAGAAAGUACAUCUGCUGACUGUAUUAGGAAAGCUAUUUUAGUUGAUCUUUCAAAGUAUGGAUUAAAUGAGGAUUUUUUAAAAGAAAACUUGAUAGCUUUUGUUAGCGAUGGUGCGUCUAAUAUGCUGGGUAGAAUUUCUGGUGUUGGUACUCAACUACAAAAAACAUUCCCCGAUAUUAUAGUAUGGCAUUGCUGUAAUCAUCGUUUAGAGUUGGCCGUAUCUGAUACUUUAAAAGAAAUCCAUGGUACAAAUCACUUCCAAUCAUUUAUAGAAAAGUUAUAUGCAAUAUACCACCAAUCACCUAAGAAUAUGUAUGAACUUAGGAUGUGUGCUACUUCAUUAGAACAAAAAUUACUACAUAUUGGAAAAAUUUUUACAAUCAGGUGGGUGGCAUCCAGCAAGACAACUUUAAAAGCUGUUUGGAACAAUUAUGUAGCAUUGUAUAACCAUUUUACAAAUGCUUCUAAUGAUACAAAGAGAGAAUCAAAAGAAAGAUCCAAGUAUAUAGGACUCAGACGAAUUCUAACAGCAGUAGAAUUUGUUAUCAACCUAG